AUGUCCCCAGGAUGUCCCCAGGAUGUGGCAUCCAUUAACGUCGCCUUUCCCGGGCGAACGACACAUCGUCAGGCACUCGCAUCGACGACGUCGGCGAUGCUGCACCUUAUCCUCGUCGUGGCCCUGGGCCUCCCUCUGCCGGGCCAGCCCCGCCGGUUCCAGAGGGCGGGCCAGACUGUGCUCGGUCAGGAGUCCACCCUGACCACCCUCAAACGGAAUCAAGUCACCGACUGCACCCGGGAAUGCACUCCCGGCUGCGGCGGCUUCGAGUGGGACGAGCCGACCAAAUCCUGUCAAUUGAAGCCUGGCGGCCCCAGCAAGGCCUUCGUCAGCAAUGCCAAGACCGGGUCCACCUCCUUCGUCUGGAACGCAACCCUGGCGAAGAUCACGGACUCCUACACCAACCAGAAUCUGGCGGCCUGGGUCGGGUCGCAGAAGGUCUGGAUCGGGGGGAGAAACACGUGGAACUCGAGCCGGUUCCGCUGGCUCGACUACGACGAGAUGCCGGGAUACGCCGGGUCGGGUGGCGUCGGCUUUUCGAAAUGGAAGAGCGGGGAGCCGAAAUUCACCGACGACUUGGCGGUUUGCUUGGACGGCGGCCUCUGGGUCACCGACGAGAGAAAGUCCAAAUACAAGGGGAUCUGCCAAUACAUUGGACCUCGUGUGAAGACCUUGGCGAACGCGUCGCACGCGAGCCCGCCGACCAAGGACGGCUGCGACGUGAAGGACACGCAGGGCGGGCACUGGUGCCUCAACGAUGACGUCUGCGUGAAGAAGUCCAGCUCGUGGGUGGAGGUGAACCCGAUGAUGCAGCCGUGGUUCCAGCUGGAUCUCGGGGCGAGGUACACCGUCACCAGCGUCCUUCUCCUGAACAGCCAGUGGACCAACUUGGCGAUGGGCACGGUCGACGUGCGCGUGUCGAACACGAACCUGCUGGGCAACGCGACCCAGUCGGAGAUAUCCGCCAUGGCCCUCUGCAGAUCCGUCCGGGAGACCAACUGGUGGAGGUCGCUGAGCGUGCUGCACGUCCCCUGCUCGCCCGUCCCCGUCACGGGGCGGUACGUGCUGGUGCAGAGCGUGUGGGGCGUGAGCACCGCCUUGCUCGUGGAGGAAGUGGCCGUCUUCGGCUCCGUGCCCUGA